AUGGGCACCCAGCGCGGCACCCAAGGCUCACCAACACAAGCAGCAGGUCGCGACGACCUACUGCAACAGCGCCAGGAGCUGCUCAACCUCACAUACAAGCGCGGCCAGUUCGCCACCUGUCCCGCGUGCCGACACGGUAGUACUACAAUAAUCGCCAAAGAGCGCCUUGCAGGAUGGCGAUACGCAGCCGGCACGGCCGUGGCCAUCAUCUUUGCGCCCCUCACGCUCGGAAUUAUGCUCCUUGUCCUCCCAUUACUCUUUAAGCCGCAGUUCGCAAUCCAUUCCUGUCGGCGUUGCGGCCUGCGCCUCGCCAUCACUACCGGCGGCAUGAGCGACUUUGGUUUCACGAUUGCCGCCGACGUCUCCGAGUCCAACUUUGCGCCGGCCGAGGACGACUGGCGACCCGACUUGGCGCGACUGCCAGGCGGCAUGCGCGUGGCGCGGUCUCCCCUGGGGCCACGACCGGAGAUUACGGAAAAGGAAAUGAAGACGUGCAGUCAGCGCUUCGCAACUUUGAAAGCCAGGGCGCGAAUAAAGCUCGUAUCUGAUGAUUGGCUCUGCGGUACAGUCAGGUGCAUGGAGAUGACUGGUGCUGAUAAUCCGCCGACUGCGCGAGAGUUAGAGGAAGGAGAAGGAGAGGUCUUUUGUCAAAUUUACCUCAAUAGCGUUGACGACCUCGGCUCGUACAACAAUUCCAACCCACACAUCAUAGUCAGCAUGCGAGCUGCAGCAGCAGCCCGUUUGCCAACAGCAUCAGACAGGAAGCAGCCACCGCCACCACACACCGCGGCCAACAACGACGAUUCGCAGCCCUUCGAAUUCACCGAAGCCUGUCGCAUCCAAUUAUUCCCUGGUGACGACUACUCCGUCCACUUCUACCUCCCCUCAAACGCCCCUCCGUCCUACUCGUCGUCCUCAUCGUCCUCAUCCCCGCCGCCUGUCGUCAACAGAUCUCCCGUCUCGAAGCGCUUCCGCACGCAGUUCUGGGGCGCCAUGCCCAUAUGGCGCUGGAAGUCGUCCGAGGGCAAUCUUCUGUGGGUCUCGCGGCGGUUCCGGGACGCAGAAAUGACGAAAUUGGAUGAUAGGCUGUGCCUCGUCGACGACUACGAGCGGAUAUUGGCGUCCGUGGACGGCUGGCUUAACACUGGAGUGCUGGGAGAAAUAUUGGGCAGCUACUGUGCGCUCCUUGCGCAGGUGAGAAGAGCCACCAAGGUACUGGAGAGAGAAGACCGGGAGAAGCGCAGUGCAACAUAUUAG